AUGGAUUCCUCGUCCCUAAUUCCAUCUGCUUCCGAAUCAAAGUACAUCAAAUUCCCCUGUCUACCUGCAGACGCGAAAAACCCUGACGGUUCGCCUGCACUCAACCGAUAUUCUUCUACUCUCACCAAUGGCCAUGACUUCCCUGGUGCACGGGCUAUGCUUUUCGCUGCCGGCGUGCCAGACAAGGCGGCAAUGGCGCAAAGUCCACAUGUUGGAAUUGCCUCUGUAUGGUGGGAGGGUAACCCAUGUAACAUGCACUUGAUGGACCUGGGAAAAACGGUGAAGAAGGCUGUUCAAGAAAGGGGAAUGCUGGGCUGGCAAUACAAUACCAUUGGUGUUUCUGAUGCAAUUACAAUGGGCAAUGAAGGCAUGCGGUUCUCGCUGCAAAGCCGGGAAAUCAUUGCUGAUAGCGUGGAGACUGUCACCUGUGCCCAGGCACAUGACGCAUGUAUCGCCAUUCCAGGAUGCGACAAGAACAUGCCUGGUGUGGUGAUGGGUAUGGCUCGCCACAACCGCCCAUCUAUCAUGAUUUAUGGCGGUACCAUUCAAGCAGGAUACUCCGAGUGUCUCAGAAAGCCCAUCAGUAUAAAUUCGUGCUUUGAGGCAGCUGGCGCUUAUGCGUAUGACACGCUUCGCCAGCCCGACGAUGGCGGAGAAACCGGCAAGAAUAAGGAUGAGAUCAUGGAUGAUCUGGAAAAGAAUGCCUGUCCUAGUGCCGGUGCCUGUGGUGGUAUGUUCACAGCAAACACCAUGGCUACUGCCAUUGAGUCUAUGGGUUUGUCUCUGCCCGGCUCGUCAUCAACACCUGCUUCUUCGCCUACCAAGAUGCGCGAGUGCGUACGCGCUGCUGAGGCCAUUAAAAUCUGCAUGGAGAAGAACAUUCGCCCGCGAGACCUUCUGACUAAGAGAUCUUUUGAAAAUGCCCUGGUCAUGACCAUGGCAUUGGGUGGUAGCACUAAUGGCGUCCUUCAUUUCCUGGCCAUGGCCCAGACGGCGGACGUUGAUCUGACUCUGAAUGACGUGCAGCGCGUCAGUAACAAGAUACCAUUCAUUGCUGAUCUGACACCUAGCGGUAAAUACCACAUGGUGGAUUUAUACAAAAUCGGUGGCAUACCGUCUGUGCAGAAGCUUCUGAUUGCAGCAGGUCUACUCGAUGGCGACAUUCCAACUGUCACUGGUAAAACACUGGAGGAAAACGUCUCAUCAUGGCCCUCGCUACCGCAAGACCAGACACUGAUUCGCCCAUUGACCAAUCCCAUCAAGCCAACAGGCCACCUGCAGAUUCUGCGUGGAAAUCUCGCUCCGGGAGGUGCCGUUGCCAAGAUCACCGGCAAGGAGGGUCUCAGUUUCACGGGCAAAGCCCGUGUCUUCAACAAGGAACAUGAGCUCAAUGAUGCGUUGACCGAGGGUCGGAUUCCACGUGGGGAGAAUCUAGUCUUGAUCGUCAGAUACGAGGGGCCAAAGGGUGGACCCGGGAUGCCGGAACAGCUCAAAGCCAGUGCCGCAUUGAAGGGCGCUAAUUUGACCAGCAUUGCUCUCAUUACUGAUGGGCGAUACUCAGGGGCCAGCCACGGGUUCAUUGUUGGACACAUCACUCCCGAGGCUGCCGUGGGUGGACCCAUUGCAUUGGUUCGUGAUGGUGAUGUCAUUACCAUCAGUGCUGUCACUAAUGAGAUAUCUAUGGAUGUUUCGGAUGAAGAGCUCCAGGAGAGAAGGCGCCAAUGGACUGCUCCGGAGCCGCAAAUGACCCGGGGUGUGUUGGCCAAGUAUGCGCGGCUCGUAGGCGAUGCAUCGCAUGGGGCAGUGACGGAUUUGUUCUAG